CCGACCUGGUCCCGACCUUGGCUGAGCAUUCGGCUUUUCUACGGCCUAGGUAUUUGCUGGCUGUCACCGCACUAGCUUUAUCUCACUGCUCCCACGUUUCGAGUUUGGCUGAUUUACAUCUUGUUGACCUGGCAAGGCUUAGAAGCCGACGGCUGCUGGGAGUUUAGCAUCGUGUUGAUUUGGGCUUUUCGCCACGAUGGACGAUCGGAGGAAGAAGCUUGAGGCCCUGGCGCAAGCGCGCCGAGCCGGAAUCCCGCCGGCUCCGGCUCCGGCGUCGGCCGCGGUUGGCAACCGGAAGGAGGGCCGUUCUAGCGGCAAGAACGGGGGAGCUCGAGUGAGCAAGCCAGAAAAGAAGCAGCAGCCUGGGGGAAAGGGCAAGGAGACGAAAAAGCCGAAGAGGAAGGGUUCGGACUAUGAGGACGAUGACGAUGAGGAGGAAAGCGAGGGGUUUGACGCGAGCGACGAGGAGGAGGAGGAGGAGCGGAGGCCGAAGAAAGGUGGAAAGCCGGUCAAGAAAGCGAGCAAGCCAGUUCAAAGAAAAAAAUCGAGACGAGGGAGCGACAGCGACGAGGACGAAGAGGAGGAUGAGGCGAGCGACGAGAGCGAGGAUGAACGGAUUAAAAAGAAGAAGCGCGGAGGAGGCGGAGGCGGUGGUGGUGGGGGAAAGAAGCGGCGUGGGGAUGACGACGACGACGACGAUCCGGAUCGGGUGCGGAUUGUGGAGGAGCCGCCUGAUUCAGUGGAUGCGCGGAACAUCCUCCCCAGCCGCACCAGGAGAGGUGGACGAGCUCCGCCUCCGCCUCCUGUGGCGAGAGGAGGGGGGAGCAGCGAGGAGGAGAGUGACGAUGAUGAGGAGGGGAGUGGGUCGGACGGAGGAGGGGAGGAGGAGAGCGAUGAGGAGAGCGAUUGAGGGCAUCCUGGCAGGGCUGCGGGUCGUUGUGGCUGCUCGGACAGUCAGUCAGAGCCAUCUUCUCCCAGAUUGAUGGGGAUUGUGUGUUUCCGGUGUUGCCAUUUACCUUGUACUCGUGUAAAUCGCAAGUCUCCUAGGACUGACUGACACACCACCUGUUUAGUGUCUGCCUUAGCAUUCGGAAUGGGCACUGCCACUUGUUAGUAAUGGUUACCAAUGUAGUGAAGGUCCAUGUAAGGAAUUUCCAUUCCUUACUGAGUCGUACGCUAGCGCGUACACCCGAACUCCUCGACUUGUCGCGUUUAUCGGCCCAACCCUUUCCCGAGUCGCGUCCGGCACUGUCGCCACAUUGCUGAACCUACGCACGUUCCGGGGUUAUCGCCCUAGCACUCCAACCCCUAUAUAACCUCGUGCCUUCAUUGCUAUAGCGACCUUGAUU